AUGUCGACGUACACUUCCCUUAAUGCGUCCUUCGGCAGCUCUGCGGGGACGAGGAUGACUGCCUUUCCAAACUCAGCAGAGAUGAUUGAGACGGCGGUUCCCCAUGCCACGCAGAGAAGGCUCUCGUCUGGUUCGGGCGCCCUCCACGACUUCCAUGACAAGGUUUUCACGCAGAAUAUGACCUCUCCAUCUAACCUCAUAGGCUCUGGUCGCUUCGUUAACUCGAGGGUCGGCGAUCCCGCGAGCUAUGGGCUGGCACGCGACUUCUUUUCAUUUGAUAGCCACAGGCUUCCUGAUGUCAAGGUAUCUGGUGGUUCUCUCUCCUCGUCUCUUUCCUCCAGUCGAAACGUCAAGGAGCCGAUGCCCCUCAUGUCCCAGACGGCUGAAACCCUGGCCAUGGUAGGGUCGUGCCAUAGCAAACCUAUCUACACUGUCUACGACAAGGGGACUUCGCGUGUCUUCGGUCCGGGCAACGAGACCAUGUUUGCCAGAGAUAAGAUCUUUACAGGGGUGGUUUCAUACCCCAUGAGGCCGUCUCCGAAGUGGAGCUUCCGCUCGUCUGACUACCCCACCGAUAACAAGGUUAUCCCGCCGUUCAUCGGCGAUGCUGAGACGGGUCGGUACGCACAUUCUGGGCGCCUUUCGUCCAGCGACAUCAUUAAGCCAAGCGCGUACAAAACUUACGGUACUUCGUCGGAGGCUGUCUAUGUGCCCUCUGUUGCACGCUACAACUCGGUCCUCCCAGUUUCGGUGACCCGUACCACAAGCGCAGGCCUGAGGUCUUCUUCCUCAUCCUUCUCAAGCCACGUCGCACCGGUCGCCGCAGCUCUCGAUAACCUUGGCGCUAGCUUCAGCAAGAUGGGCAGAGGAAGCUCCAUGGGCAGCAGGAGCCUCUCCGUUAGUACUGCGCCGGGUACCAUGCGCAUCUCAAGGAAUUACACGCUUGAUUCGUUAGCAAACGUCUCUGUUUAUUGA